UCAGUCUCUUUGUCAUCUUCUGCAACAAAAGAAAAAUUCGAAAGUGAAAGCCACAACAAAAAGAAGCUACACUACAAGCACUCUCUGUCUCUCUCUAGAAUCCGGGCCUGAUUCUUCUUGCUCUUUUGUUCACUGUUUAGGCUUGUAGAAGUUCAUUGGUCUCGGCCAUAACUGUUGCCACACCAGAGUCAACUCUAUCCACCAUUUUGGGUCUUUUGGGAAGCAACCCAUAUAACAGUUUUCUGCUGAAAUGGAUGCUCAAUCUCCAGGGACUCCAGUGGUUAGAGUGGUGCAUCACCAAGAUUUGAACAAGAGAAUUCUUGUGGCACUCAUUGUUGCCUCAACUCUCCUCGGAUGCCUCUUGUUGUCUCUAGUAUGUUUCUGGAUCUGCAGAUUUAGAAACUUGAAGAAUUCUGCUGAGAAGACUAAGCAGAACAUCGACAGUAGCGCAAAAGGGGUCUCAUCUAGUCCACUUAAGGAGAGAAUCAACAGCUCAAGAAUUACUGGUAAGAAGGAUUCAGUUGCCAUUAUUGACUACCAGUUGUUGGAAGCUGCAACAGAAAAUUUCCAGGAAAAUAAUAUUUUGGGGGAAGGGGGUCGUGGACGUGUCUAUAGAGCUCGCUUUGAUGAGAAAUCUCUUGCAGCAGUGAAGAGGUUAGAUGGUGGGGGGCAGGAUGCUGAAAGAGAGUUUGAGAAUGAAUUGAAUUGGCUGGUGAAAAUCAAGCAUCAGAAUAUAAUAUCACUUAUGGGUUGCUGCAUUAACAGGGAAAGGAGGUUUCUUGUUUAUGAGAUGAUGGAAAAUGCGUCAUUGGAGAGUCAAUUACACGGACCUAGUCAUGGGUCGGCAUUAACUUGGCCUCUGCGAUUGAAAAUUGUUAUCGACGUUGCUAGAGGGUUGGAAUAUCUCCAUGAGCACUGCAAUCCCCCUGUCGUCCAUAGAGAUCUGAAGUCAUCUAAUGUUCUUCUGGAUUUCAACUUCAAUGCAAAGCUUUCAGACUUUGGCCUUGCAGUAACAGUUGGAACCCAAAACAAGAAUAUAAAGCUUUCUGGAACUUUGGGUUAUGUAGCGCCAGAAUACCUUUUAGAAGGUAAGUUAACUGACAAAAGUGAUGUCUACGCAUUCGGGGUUGUUCUUCUUGAACUCCUAACCGGCCGAAAACCAGUGGAAAAGAUGUCACCAUCUCAUUGUCAGUCUCUAGUAACAUGGGCCAUGCCUCAGCUUACUGACAGAUCAAAGCUUCCAAACAUUGUGGAUCCUGCUAUCAGAGACACUAUGGAUUUAAAACACUUAUAUCAGGUAGCUGCCGUGGCAGUUCUCUGCGUACAAACAGAACCAAGUUACAGGCCAUUGAUAACAGAUGUUCUGCACUCCCUUAUACCCCUUGUGCCUCUUGAGCUUGGAGGGUCAUUAAGAAUUUCGUAACAGGUGAACGCACACAGCCUUCUCACUGAUGACAAUCUUGCUAGAUCACCUUGUGAUUCUCCACAAGGCGGUCCAAAUAUGAUGCAUAGCUCCCAUUUUUUCUGGUCGUUUUCCUCUUGGAUGGCUGUUUCGCGGAGAGAUUCAGUUGCAAGAAUUCAUGGCGGAAGAAAAAUUUGUUUUGCGUCAUAACAGAUGUCCAUUGAAUUCUUCCAUAGCUUUUGGAAUAUAACGUCUUCAAGUUGUCUAGAGCUUCACUGAGAUAAUUAAAGUACAUUGUGCUCUGAUGAAUGUUCUCAGUGAGCAGUUCUUGAGAGUCGGUUGUUGUAGAAUGCUUAAAUAGAUUUUCUUUCAAGCUCAAUAGAGAGAUUAUGUUGAACAAAUUUGGAUCUAGCUUGAAGGGUCUCCACACUUUAUUUAAUGUAGAAAUUAUAAGAAAUUUGUAUGUUCAUGGACCAUUGAGAUUGAAAAUGAAUGUUGCACUACUCUGUUAUUA